AAAAGGGAAAGCAAGGAUUACGAAAGGAACCUCUCUUGCGAUUUUUAGAAGCAAAAAAAAGAGAGAGAAAAAAACGAUAUACAUAAAUAUAUAAAUCCUCUCGCCGAUUCUUUCUUUCUUUCUUCUUCUUCUUCUUCUUCUUUUUCUUCUUCAGUAGAUCUCCUCAAUCCUUUGAGUGCCGCCGAAGUUGAUCUCAGAAUUUGGGAGAUUUGGUGGAUAAAGAUCUAUUUUUGCUCCUCUUGUCCGCUAAUUGUUAUGCUGAAAUGAUGGCUCGUAGAUCGCUUUGUACUGAUUCUUGAACAAGAUGGCGACGGCGACCAUGGCAACUGCAGCGGGUGCUGCUGCUCUUCUUUACUACACAUUGAGUCGGAGAUUACAGGCUGAACGGUCUCAAGAUGAUGGUGAAUGUGAAAAUGGUGGUGAUGGGUCCAAAUCUACUCUCCUCAAAAGGAAUCGGUUGUCUCAUAGGCCGGCACAGGCCCCUGCAACGUGGUUGGAGACUAUAUCAACCUUGUCAGAGACACUUAGGUUCACUUACUCUGAGACCUUGGGUAAAUGGCCUAUAGGAGAUCUGGCUUUUGGCAUCAGUUUUCUCUUAAAGAGGCAGGGAAGCUUACAUGUAGCUAGGAUAUAUGCUGGAAAGGAGAGUAUACAGCUUCAAGGAGCAUCAGUUAUUGCUGAACUAAAAUAUCUUUUAAAUUUGUUGACUCUUUGCUGGCAUUUUUCAAAAAAGCCAUUCCCAACAUUCUUGGAGGUCACUGGUUACUCUCAAGAAGAUGUUCUAUUCCAGGAGCCUAAAGCAGGAAUAUUGAAGCCAGCAUUUACAAUUUUAGUUGACAAAAGUACAAAAUGUAUUCUGCUGUUGAUUAGGGGAACCCAUAGCAUCAGAGAUACUUUGACAGCUGCAACUGGUGCAGUUGUACCAUUCCAUCAUACCGUUGUACAUCAAGGUGGUGUCAGUGAUGUAGUUUUAGGCUAUGCACACUGUGGAAUGGUUGCAGCUGCCCGGUGGAUUGCAAAACUUGCAACUCCUUGUCUUGCGCAAGCACUACAUGAAUAUCCUGAUUACAAACUAAAAAUUGUUGGGCACUCACUUGGUGGAGGCACAGCAGCCAUUUUAACAUAUGUUUUGCGGGAGCAGCAGGAGUUUGCCACCACUACUUGUGUUACAUUUGCUCCAGCUGCUUGUAUGACAUGGGAGUUGGCUGAGUCGGGCACACACUUUAUUACUUCAGUUAUUAAUGGUGCUGAUUUGGUGCCAACAUUUUCAGCUGCUUCAGUAGACGAUCUGCGAACUGAGGUGACAACAUCAGCUUGGCUGAACGACCUUCGAAGUCAAAUUGAGCAGACAAGAAUACUGAGUACGGUUUAUCGUUCUGCUACUGCCCUCGGGUCAAGACUUCCAUCAAUUGCCAGUGCUAGAGCAAGAGUAGCUGGGGCUGGUGCUAUCCUACGCCCAGUUUCUAGUGGAACACAGGUCGUGAUGAGGAGUGCUCGGCAUGUGGCUCAGGCUGCAUGGACUCGACAACCACUCCGCCUAUCAUCAUGGUCAUGUAUUGGGCCCCGUCGUCGCAACAAAUUGUCUGUCUCAGGUAUAAGAUUAGAAGAAAACGGCAGAGAAUCCUCCACUUCAACUGAAACUAUUGAACCUCUGGCGACAUUAACUGGGACCACCACUGUGGAAACCACAGAGGUCAUCACAUCCGAGGGUGUAGGAUGGACUUCAGAAAUUGAGUGCUCUCGUACCUGUGAAACAUCCCAUGCUGCUGAUGUGGAGGAUGAUGACAAUGACAGUGAUGGUGAAGAUCUCAUGGGUCAUGGUAGGAAGGAGGAAAGCAUGACUGAGGUUGAGCUGUGGCAACAACUUGAGAAUGAGUUGUACAGGCCAAGGGAGAACGGGGAAGCUGAAGUGGAGAAAGAAAUACAGGAGGAGGAGAUUGCUGCUGCUGCUGAGGUAGCUGAGAGCACAUCAAAUGGUGUGCUCCCUGAAACGAAGGAAGUUCAUAGGUUCUACCCUGCCGGAAAAAUCAUGCACAUAGUGACCAUCCUUCCGGACGAGACAGCAGACGAAGAUGUAAAUGCCGACCAUGAUGAUGAAAGCCCAGAACCAGAGCCUAAGAUUGGGAUUUUCUUGACACCAAGGUCAUUGUAUGGUAAAUUGAGACUCUCGCAGACAAUGAUCAACGACCAUUACAUGCCAAGUUACAAAAGGAAUAUCGAGCUUGUGAUCGACGAACUUGAGAAAGAAAUCUCUGUCGACGGAUCCCUUCAUGAUGAAGUUACUUUGUAGUAAAUGAAUUCAUUCAAGUGACUUGAGCUGGCUCUUGGCGAAUGCUACCUGUUGCUGCAGUGAACGGUACAGGCUGUAGGUUUCUGAACUUUUGUAUAGUGCUGAAGUAAUUUUUCUUCUAGUGUUUAUGAUUUUGAUUUCGUUUUGUAACCUCUGUUUUUCCACCUUUUCUUUCUUUCUUUCUUUCUUGUUUUUCCAUUUUGCUUCCAUUUUCUGUAACUUGUAUCCAAUUAAACACAGAAUAGAUAACUGAAAUUGAAGGAAAUGGAAUACGCAUUUGAUACAAGGCAA